GACAUCACCACCCUCCUCCCCUGUUCCCCUUUCCUCCCAGUGCCCUGGCCACAGGGCUGCAGACCUGAGCAUAAUGGAUCCAUCUAGACCCUAACCAUGGGCAGUUUAGGGAAUGAUAGACCUGGGGGGAUUUGAAACUUCCAUCUGCAAGUCAUGGGCAUACGAUUUUGUAAGGAUGGCCAGUUCUGUGAAAUUGUCAUCGAAGAUGUUGAGGAAACCACAGAGUGGAGGAGAAAGUCCAAGCAGAAAAAAGAGAAGCCACCCCCUCCGCCUCCUCCUCCUCCUCCUCCCCAACCAAAGCCCCCGCCAAAGCCAAAGCCGCCCUCCAACAAGGAUGCGGCAGCCAGGAAGAUCCAGGCCUGGUGGCGCGGCACGCUGCUCCGUCGCACGCUGCUGCACAUGGCGCUCCAAGUCUGGGUCAUUCAGUGCUGGUGGAGGCGGACGCUGAUGAUCCUGCUGCAGAGGCGGCGACGGGCGGCGUUGGAGGUCUAUGCCCGGGAAACGUGGGCCGCUGGCAGGCUACAGUCCUGGUUUCGCAUGUGGCACAUCCGAAGGCAAUACUGUCGAUUGCUCAAUGCUGUUCGUAUCAUCCAGAUUUCUUGGCGCUGGCACAACUGCCAUACUCGUGGUGUUUUCCAGGGCACCUAUGAAAUCACAGAAAGCCAGCUCAGACUUGAACUUGACAUCUUUCUAGGAUCCCAUAUUUGCCGGAUUACAGACUGCAUCCCCUUCCCAAUAAAGAACUGACCAGGUCUGCUCCAA